AUGGGUUUCUUAAGCGAACUGAUCUCCGAUUUCACCAGCUCUGGCUCAAAGGACCAACAGCAACAGCAACAGCAGCAGUCAGGCUAUGGCCAAUACCCACCCCAACAACAACAGCAGGGCUACUCACAGUACCCUCCCCCACAGCACUCUCAGCAACCACCACCAGUCUCACCACCAUGGUAUGCUGAGUGGGAUCAACGCGAAAACCGUUGGAUCUUCGUGAACCAACACAACGGCGAGCGGACCUACGAGUACCCCGGACCUGGCUACGCGCAACAACAAGGCAACUACGGUGCUCCACCAUCACAAGGUGGUUACGGCUACGGCCAGGAUGGCUACAGCAACCAGGAGAAGAGCGGCGGUAACGGCUGGAAGUACGCCGCAGCCGGCGUCGCUGGCGUUGCAGGUGGUGCACUGCUGAUGCACGAGAGCGACAAGAUUGAAGACGGCUGGGAUAGCGCCAAAGCCAACGUAUCCAACGGUGUCGACGAAUUCGGCAACGACGUCAGCAACUUCCCCGAAAACGCCGCUGGCUGGACUGGCGAACAAGUCGGUCGCGCAGAGAACUUCGGCGACGAUGUCGAGCAGAAAUGGGACAAUGGUGUUCAAGACGUCGAGAACUUCCCGGAAAACGCAGCGGAGUGGACGGGCGAGAAAGUACAGGCUGUGGAGGAUAUACCGCAGGAUAUUGAGAACAAGUGGGACAAUGUGGAAAAUGAAGUAGAGCAGUUUGGUGAUAACAUGGGGGAUGCGUAUGAUGAGGGGAGAGAGGAGCAGAGGUAUGAUGAUGAGUAUUGAGGUGGGGUGAGGGAUUGAGUGGAUGAUGGGAAAGGAAUGCAAGGCUGCACGGUAAGACGUGUAAUGCUCAUCAUUAAAUCGGACCGUAUUUGUCGCAACGUGUACUGUUGUCAGGUCAACUCCAUCAGGUCAACUUCAAGGCAGACUUCUUUUACCCGACACGUCGACUGUGUGAAGUAACAGCGACUGUAGAGCCGAGUACGAGAGCAAGGAAAAGAACAGAAUCAAUCCUUUGUUGUCGAGGUAACUGUAUCUGGCGUUGGCAGCGAACUCAGGUCCAGCCUCCAUUGGCAAAGCAACACCACAACCCGGCGUAGUCGCUAAGACGACGUAAGGAUCUGCCUAGACUCCGCUCCAAUACACUGCAGCAUCAAUUGUAUCCGCGCGA